ACGUGUCACCCCCCCAGAGCUUGUGGGAAACGCUGUGAGCUCCUCACCCCCAGCCAGGAUCUGCACCCCUCACCCUGAGCGGGCUCUGGGGAGAAACCCCAGCUGGAGGCAGCACAAGCUGUGGAACAAAUGUACUUCCAAGAGGGGUUGCAAUAGCUCCAAAGGUUUAUUUGUCUGCUGCCAUUUAUCAGAGCUCCCAGAAUGUUCAGUCCCUGGGUAUCACAUCCAUGGACCUUCAUCCAAUCCCCCUCGAGGGGCUGCUCCAGCAGUCUGGCCCAGUUGCUGCCUGCCCCACAGUGUGCUGAGAUCCCGGCCUCUGAGCACAUGGAUCUUGGAAUUGUUGGGGGGAACGAGAAGGUGCAGCUGCAGGAUGGGAACGAUGGGAUGGACCGGCUUGGAGACCCCCAGGAGGGGGUGAGGCAGGUGGCUGGCUCCAAGGCAGAUUUCCCAGCCGGGGUGCUCUUCAGUGAAGAGGAAAAACUGAAGAUUUCCAAAGACCUCGUCGAUCUCCAGAUAGAGACCAACAAAAUGAAGGAGCAGUAUGAGACGGAGAACUUUGAACUGAAAAAUAUGGUCCUGGCCCUGGAGAGCCGUGUGCGGGAGCUGGAGCUGUGCAGUCAGAAGGUGACGGGGGAACGAGAUUCCCUGCGGGAACGCCUGCGAGCCCUGGAGAGCGCUCGGAAGGAGGUGGCACAGGAGUACAUCAUUCUGAAGAGCAACUACCUGGCCCUCGGGAAAGAGCUGGACCAGGAGGUCAGGAGGAAUGAAGAGCUCACCCAAGAGCUCCUCAACCUGGCCAGAGGCAGGAUCACCCUUCCUGGCACAGAGAGCACCCACCCACCUGCCAUGGCCCAUCAAUCCUCUGUGGAGCUGGAAAGAGAGAAAGGGAAGCCUGAAGACGUAGUUGCCUCUGAACACGAGCGGCAGGAGCUGGAGAGAAAUUUGCUUGGAAACCAGGAUCACAUAAAAGUGGAGCUUGAAAAGCUGAAGAAAACCCACGACUGGCAGCAGCAGAAGCUGGAGGAGCGAGUGCUGGGGCUGGGGAAGGAGCUGCAGGAGGCGAAGGGAGCCAUCGGGGACAUGCAGCGCAGGCUGGUGGAGCAGUCAGCGGUGAGGAUUCCUUCCCCUGCUCCUCCUGGGAGCCACGUGCUAUUCCUGAGCUUCCAGGGAGGGAUGCCUUGUAUCCAGGUGCUGCUCACAUCCCAGAGCCAGCUGCAGGAGGUGGAGGCAGAGAACUCCCGGCUGCAGCUGCGGCUGAAGGAGCUGAACGAGGAAUAUCGCUCCCGGCUGGCGCGCUACAUCAGGGACGUGGCGAACUACAUGGACAGCAAAUCCAGCCACAUGACAGGACACAGCAAAGCCCCAGCUGAUCACGCUGCCAUGAAGCACUUUGUGGACAACAUGCUGAAGGAUAUCCGGGCUUCCUACAAGUCUCGGGAAGAGCAGCUGGCUCGGGCAGCACGGGGGUACAAGAAACGCAUGAAGGACUUGGUGAAGAAGCACCAGAACCUGCUGAUUGCCUAUGGGCUCCAGCGAGAGCAGAUCCGGUCCCUGGGGAGCAGUGCUGUGGAUUGUGGCCCUGCUGAGCUCCACUUCUGCAUCUCAGACCCAGAGCUGCUCACAAACUCCACCCGGGAGCUGAACCGGUUGCGGGAGGAAAAGGCGAGGCUGGAGAUGCAGCUCCAGGAACAGCAAAAGAAAAGACUGAAAGAAGCCUCUGCCUCUCCACUGCCUCCAGAGCAGCAGCUGGACGAGGAGGGCUGGGCAGAGGUCCGGAAGCAGCUCCGGGAAUUGGCACACACCACCCAGGAGGAUCUGGAGCAGGAGAGGAGCCAGCUGCUGACUCGGGCUGUCGUGGCAGAGGAGCAGGUGCUGGAGCUGCAGGAGUACAUAGAUCAGCAUCUUGCCAGGUACAAGCGGGAGAUCCUGCAGCUCAGGAACGCCGAGGGCAGCGAGGGGCCACGUGUGCUCAGUGCCAGGGCAGCUGCUGCUCCCCCCCUGCCCAGGGCCAGGACUGCCAGCCAUGAUCCAUAGCACUCCACGAUCCACGGCAGCACCAGCGUGGGGAGGGGCAGGAUUCGAAGCAGGAGGUUUGUGUUCUGUGGACUGCCGGGCAAGCACCCUGCCCAGGCUGGGAGCUGCGAAGGAAAGCAUGUGGGUGUUCCCCGUCUCGAGUUCACAGCACUAAAACGAGACAAGACAACUGUGUCUCGUCUUUCCUCGCCUAUCCCCGGGCUGCAGGAAUUCUGCUGUUCCCCGAGCACAUCACGGACACGGGCUCAGGUUCCCAGGCAGCUCUUUAAUGCCAGGCUGCAGGGACAGGUUCCUGUUCCUGCUGGAACAUUUCUGCUGGCUGAGACCUGGACCAGAGCCCGAGGGCUGCUCCUGCCUCGCUCCCCUCCCCUCCCAGCUCCCGUGAGAUGGAGCCAAGGCUGGCUCAAGCCACUCUGAGGCUGGACAAAGGAAUGAGCUGCUUUUUACUUGUGAGGAGGGGGAGGCCCUAGCACAGGUUGCCCAGAGAAGCUGUGGCUGCCCCUGGAUCCCUGGAAGUGUCCAAGGCCAGGCUGGACAGGGCUUGGAGCAA